AUGGGUAGGCAGACUGAAGAGCGGAAUGCUACUAUCGCUGCUGCUGCUGAGACCGCUGUUGCCGCCGCCAACGGAGCCAAUGGGACUAAUGGAAAUCAUGGGAACAAUGUGAAUGGUGGGAACCCUGGUCAAGGACAGGGGGUUACGCCGACGAGCGGCCACGUCGGUGCCGUCCCAGACCACCACCCUAGCUCGGAGACGCCAUCGGUGCUGCUGCUCGUCGCCGUCCGGUCGCUCGCCCCAGCCCGGGGCCGUCGUCACCGCCCCUCCUCUCCCUUUUCUUCCCCUGUUCACCCGGCCAUUGGUCGUGCCGGAGCCGUGAGCGACCAAAUCCGCCGGGGCGCCGCCCGUUCAGCCUCCGACGCCGCUGCUGCCUUGCUGUCCGCCCAGCUACGGGCCGCUCGCCAUCGCUGGCUUGCCGUUCACGCCCCCACCCAGCUAUUCCUUCUUCCUCCUCUCCUCUUCGUGGGCGCCCGACCAGCAGCUACCGCGGCUCGCUCUUCCGCCGCGCGUCGUCCGCCGUGGCCGCCGUCCAUUUGGCCCGUCGCCGCCGUUGCUGCUGCUGCUCCGGCAAGACCCCCGGUUCCCCCUUCCCCUGUUCUGGCUUACCCCCUGCUCCGCCUCGCCAGUCAUCACUGCGCGCCGCCGUCUUGGCCGCCGCUGCCCUCACCGGCUCGCCACCACCAUCCCGUCCUCCGCCUUGCUCUGUCGCCGGCCCUGCUACUGCCGGCGCCGCUGUGGCCACCGCCGUGCUGCCUCCUGCUCCGGGCAUCUGCCCCUCCCCUGUUUCUUGCCGUCGCUCUUGCUGGCUCUGUUCUUCACUGUCCAGCCAAGCAGCCGUUGGCCCUGCUGUUCCGGCGACGACGCAGCUGCUUCAGCCUCAUCCCCUGCCCGCCAUCCCAGCCGCCGCUUGCCCUGCUGUCCCAGCGACGACGUGGCUGUUUCGGCUUCUUUCUCCGCUGCCCUUGA